CCCUCCAAAGGCACCUGUGACUAGCAAAUUGCCAAAUCCUUGGGCUUGUUUCAAUCUUCCUAUUUGCACUGUCUGUAGCAUUUACUGCUUUCUUCCUGGACGCUCUAGGUUUGGGGGGAUAUUCCCUACCUGUUUGACAGCUUUUUUCCUAGUCCUCACUGACCUGGAGCUCAUUUAUCUUUAUUCGGGUGACUCCCAAAUUUACAUAUCCAUCCACUCCUACUCUAAUCUUUGAGUAUUUUUUGGACAUUUCUAAUGAAACUCGUGAAAUUAGACAAAUCACUUAAUCUCCCUAGACCUAAUAGUUUUUUCUUAUGCAAAGUGAAGAACUAGACAAGCUGGCCUUUGAGGACCUUUCCAUCUCUAGAUAUAUGAUCUGAUGUCCAAAAUAAAUUCCCUGACAACCAGAACCUCUUAAUUUGCCACAUUUGUUACCCAGGUUAAAUGACUUGAGUCUCCAUUCAAGUCCUGUGAAUUCUACCACCACUGCAUUUCUUACAUCUGAUCCCAUCUCUCCAUGAAUGUGGGUCUUCACUCUAAUUCAGACUAUAUCACCAAUAACUUCCUCCUGAUUGCAGUUUGACCCCUCCCAUCUCCCAACCAUCCUUCAAACUGCUGUCAAAAUGAUGGUCCUAAGCACAAGUCUGCUUCUAACACAUCCUCGCUCAAAAAGCUUCAGUACAGUAGUUCAUAAUCCCUUUUUGUGUGGGUUAUGGACCUUUUUGGUGAAGUUCAUUGAUUUUUCCAAAUAACAUUGAAUGCAUAGAACCAACUAUUGAAAUAAAGAUGUAAUUCUUUUCCCUCUGAGUUCACAGGCAUAUAUACCCUUGAGCCCUUUCCAUAGAUCCCAAGUCAAGAAAUUCUAUUCUACUGGUUUCCUCUUGCUUCUGAGAUAAAAUAUAGUUUCCUCUGUCUGGCAUUUAAAGCCCUUUUCUAGCUGCACUCUCCAGACAAGCCAGGCUGUUCUAUUUGCUGUCCCUUACAUAUAGUAUCCAUCUCCUGUCUUCAUGUCCUUGCAUAGACUGCCCCCUAGGCCCAGAAUUCCCUCCAUCUUCACCUCCUUUUUGUAAAACUUAGCAUCUUUCAGUACUAAGCCCACAUGCUAUAUUAUACUAGAAGCCUUAAAUAAAUACUUCCAUCAGCGUAGUUGACUCCCCUAAAAAUUAAUUUCUACUUACUUUCUAUGUUAUUUCCCAUAAUUCUCAGCAUUUUUAAUCUUUAUAUUCCUAGCCCCCAGAACAAUGCCUGAUGCUUGUUAAGGGUUUUAGUAAAUAUUUGUUAACUGAUUUGCUGGGAGUUAAAUUUCAGUUUCUGGUUUUAACAUUUAUUUGUUUCUUGGACAGGUAACCUCUCGGGGCCUCAGUUUCCUGGUCUAUAAAAUGAAGAAAUUGGAUUAGAUGAUAUCUAACAUCCCUUUCAGCUCUAAUGAUCUAUUUUCAGGUUUCUGAGACAGAUUCAAAGCUACCUCCAGAGACUUGAGCUGGAUACUGAAGACGGGCAGAUUUUCAUUUUAUUCUGAGAACAGCCAGAAGCCUAUCAGGAAACAACAGUUGAAGUUCAGCAUUAUCUUCUCUUUAUGGGGUGCUGAGGUCCAGUGGCAGCCCAAGGCCUCUCAGUAUGGCAGCAAGAGCAUACAGAGGACAUGGAAUGAGGAGACCACAAUGAAAUGUUGACAGUUGCCUCUGAAUACACACUAACCAAAGGAAUAAGAAACUUUUGAACUGUUGGAUCGCAUUAAGUGAAGUGGGCGGCAUGGCUCAGGCGAGUCUCCUAGCCUGUGAGGGCCUUGCAGGUGUGAGUUUGGUCCCCACGGCAGCCAGCAAGAAGAUGAUGCUGAGCCAGAUUGCCAGCAAACAGGCAGAGAACGGGGAGCGAACGGGCAACCCAGAGGUGCUGAGGUGCUCAGGCCAGGGUCACCGAAAAGAUGGAGAAAAGUCACGAAACCGAAAAGAUGACAGUACUGCAGCUGAAGCUCCUCCACCAAAAAAAGUUAAAAAGAUGGUGGUUGUGGAGCAGAAUGGCUCUUUUCAAGUCAAGAGUCAAAAAAACUUUAUUUGCGAGCAGUGUUUUGGAGCCUUUAGAAGUAGUUAUCACCUCAAGAGGCACAUCCUCAUUCACACAGGGGAGAAGCCAUUUGAAUGUGAUGUGUGUGAUAUGCGAUUCAUUCAGAAGUACCAUCUGGAGCGCCACAAACGUGUGCACAGUGGGGAGAAACCCUACCAGUGUGAACGAUGUCAGCAGAGCUUUUCCCGGACAGAUCGUUUGCUCAGACACAAACGGAUGUGCCAAGGGUGUCACUCCAAAACCCUUGAUGGGCAGUUUUCCCUCUAGGCCUGGGGCCCAGGGUGGUGGGAAGGAUCAGAAGAGCUUGCUGAAGAUGCUGCCCCCUCUGGUUCUGAUGGUGCCACCACCUCCCACACCUCCACAUGCCUCUUCUUUCUUCUCUUCACGGAGGAGGGGAGCAGGAGAGUCAGAGACCUAACCUACAUCAGGGGACAGGGCACCAGAGCCACAGCCCUGUAAAUAAUCUGAGAUUUUGGUGGCUGGAGGGCUUUCUCCACCAAUUCCUGGGAGGGUUGACCAAUCUCUGAACCCUUGAUUAAGCCAUGGAAAGGGACUCAAGAUACAGGACCAAGACAGAACAGUGGAUCACACAGCCAUGAACUCCACCUGGGAGUGAAGACUGGGAAGCAGUGUGUGUGAAUGUGUGUGUAUGUAUAUGUAUACAGAGACGUAUAUAUGUACAUUUGUGUGUAUGUUUGUGUGUAUACAUAUAUAUGCAUAUGUGUAUGUAUGUAUGCAUAUAUAUAUUUAAUCCAAAAGUGAUUUCACCAGAUGAACUGUGGACAUAGAUAACAUGAAGGCAUGGUACCCCAGGGCAAAGCAGGGACCGUGAUUGUCCUGCUCAUCCCCCACAAAUGGCAUUCUGGUUGCAUUUUGCCUUCAGCGUUUACAUGCCCUGUACCUCACCUUCUCUGAGGCAGGUGAGGAGCAGAGAUGGCCGGCAGCUGAGCUUACCAUGGGCUGUGGAAAGGUCCCUGGAAGGCAGGGGCAGUUGGAUACAAGCAAGAGUGGAUAGAUACCUCCUUUUCCCCAGUGGAGUAGCAAGAGUUGUGCCCAUGUAUGUUAAAGCAGUUUGUGUGACACAAAUACUUAAUGGGGCUGGCUCAAGUGCCUUUCGGAGGAAGCUAUGGAAGGAGGCCUGGGGAUCACCCCCUCCCUCUUCUUAGGGAUCCUAAAUCUUGAAGGUGGCUUCCAUGUAGCCUAAUUUUCUGAUUGCCUUCCCCCAUUGCCACUGAUGUCCAAAUAAAAGUGGAUGGGUUGGAAGUUCUGGGUGCCAAAAAGCAAAUCAGCACUGUGCCCUCUAAGGAGUUCAACUAGCUGCUCUGUGUCAAUUGAGUUGGGUCACAACCUGCUGAAGAAGUAAAUGAAACUGGAGUCUGCCUCUUAUCUUACUCCUGAAGGGGGGAGGGGAACAGCUUUCCCCUGUACCUACCCACCCAAGUCCUAUCACUGUAUUGAAAUGAAGAUGGUUGGUUCCUCAUAAAGGAAAGAAUGAGAGGCUCUUCUCCAUAGCCCUGAAUGUGGGAGGGAGCACAGGAAGCUGGUUGUAAUGACUGAUGGAGCUAAUGUGGACUUUACUUUGCUCAGUACUCUAGGUUCACUUGUUUCAUGCCCCAAGGUCUGAUCUGUUAUGUUUAUCUGUGUGCAGCACCUAUGUGGAUGUCUCAGAAUAGAUGGUAAUGGCGCCUCUUCUGUCCCAAACCCAAAGGGUUCUUGGGAAACUGAUUAGCAUCUAUGUGAUUUCAGGGGAUUUGUAUAUUGAGGAUUUUGUUAUUUAACAAACUGAGGACUCUGGUAUUUCUGGCCUGAGUUGAGUGAGAGCUAGGAUUUCUUGAACAAUGUUACUUUGGAAAGAAAUCACUCCUUCCUCUAAAGCAAAAGAUGUAAGGGAUUUUUUGGGGAAGGUGGGGCAGUGUCUCUCCCCAUCUCCCAUCUUAAACUGGGAAAGUUGGGUCAGUUACCUGUGUCUUGUGAGUAGGGUAGGAUAGUAGGAGGCAGGACUAAAUGAGAGCAGGGCUGGGGCAGCACACUUGUGGCCAUUCCCUAUUGACAGGCAGUAGGGGCCAGAGGGAGAAGGAAGCAAUCCUGCUUGUCUGAAAGGGGAAUACUCAAUGAAGUCAGAAAGGGAUCCUUGGCUCUUGGAUUCUGCACUUGACAGGAACUGAGAUUUUGCUCAGUCCUCCCAGUUUUAUUUUCACACCCAUUUCCCUUGGUCUGAAUUCUAUGCAUUCUUCCUCCCCUGAGCAGUGAAUGAUCCCUGGAGGGGGACUCUUAAUGAAUUUCAGCCAGCUUUCUGGGUGUUUGGGAGGUGAAUCCUGGUUGCUGGGUCUAGGAUUUCCUUGAAUGUCAACAAUAAGGAGUCUUAGGAAAAGCAAAGCUGGAUUUAGAAAGAUAACCACAAACAGCUCUUAAAAACCGGGAAGGCUUCUUCCCACCCCCUUGCAAGACUAAUUUUUUUGGGGGGGAAUCAGGGGGUUUUUAUGGGGGGGAGGGGUAAAGAGUGGGAAAUCAUGUGAAUAGGUCAUGUGCUGAUUAUUCUAAGUCAGACUGCUUCUUCAGCUUUUGCCAGAGCAGCUGAAGGAAUGGGAGGGAGCUAAUGAGUGUAAUAAGGGACCAGGCCAGGCCAGCUCACAGCCAUCACUGGCAUAUAGGGGGAAGCCUGUGGCUAAUUCUGUUGCGAUGGGUGCUAAGACUUGAGAGGAAGGGGUGCUGCACACCUAUCCGGCCAGGCCUAGGAGCCUCACCUAGUGGAAGAAACCACAGUAGAUUUCAAGGACUCCUGGAUUGAAUCCUUCCCAUCCUCCUUGGUGCUGCAGACACUACAGCUGGGAGGAAGGGAAGAUGAGCCAGUUUAUAGGGGAGUUGCUACACCAAUGUAGCAUUUAUCCAAUACCUAUAUCUCCUCCAGCUUUUGCCCUUCCUUUUUUGUCCACCCUGGCAUUGGAGGGUCAUUGAAACCCCCUCACCAGCCCACUGUGGCUGUUUAGCUACUGAUAAUGCCCCUAGGCUUGGUAGCCAGAGGGGUGGUAGUCUCCCUGGCCCCCUGUUCCUAAGUCCUUCCCACCAUCCUACACAGGCCUUGGAGCUUUUAUUUUCAUCAUCCCCUUCACCCUCUCACCCUUCCCCCCUUUUUUUUAAUACACUUAUUUUGCUAUUGGGGGGUGGGAAGGGAGUAACAGAUGGACAAGAAAUUUUAAAUGGUAGUUUUUAUAAGAUGUUAUAAACUUGUAUCUUUUUACCAUUCAAAGUGCAGUGUAUGUUCCUUUGUGACAUAUUUAGAAUAUUUAAAUAAAAUGGGGGUUUUUCUA